UACUACUCCUGGCAUGAUUCCCCUCAAGGACACUAUACUUUAUGGGUUGUACCCACCUCAUGAUUCAAUUAUAUUUGGUAGUUUUGAAGCAUGUUGGAAAGCUUGUCUUGUAGAUCGCGAACAAGAUAUGUCAUUGGCUAUAAGCAGGCGUCUCUAGUUGUUGCCUGUUUUGUGAAGAUGUGCUUGGAUCCAUUGGCAGCAUUGAGCAGGAGAAACGCUUUUGAAGCACCACCAUCAUCCACCCAAUCAUCCCCUCAUCCACAAUCAUGCGAAGUCUGCAAGUCAUGCUUGAUAGCUGCUGCCAGUGGUACAUUUUCUGCAUUCUUCUUUAUCUAGAUUGGUCUGAUGUUAUGCUUCAUCCAUUACCACAGAAGAUCAAAGGGAUUCUUCAUUGGGCCGUCUUAUGCUGAGAUAAAAGAUUUGACCAAGAACUUCAAGGAUCCUCUUGGUCCCAUUGUGUUUCAUGUACUGAUGCUUGGAAACAAGCUUGUCGUUGUCACAGUGUCAAACUGUUCAAAUCAAGAGAGACAAUUUCGCUCAUUUGUUGCUGUGGAGCAUCGAUCACAAGAGACUCGUUCAGCUAGAAGCAUAUGCUGUGAAUUAGACCACAAUAGAAGGCACAGCCGGACAUGGGAGCCACAUGUGAAGAUUUGGAUUGGUGUCGCAAGGGCAAUGACAUACCUGCACUCAGCUUAGCGGUUCAUGGGACACGGAAGGCAGAAAUUGGAGAACGUGGUCUUGGAUGAGGAGAUCCGAGCCAAAGUGAAUGGAAUUUGGGUUGCAAUGGGCAAAGUCCGACAAUACAGAGGUUGCAGCUAUGAAGGAUGUGCAGCAAUUUGGUACAAUGCUGAUCGAGAUGGUGUCUGGGAGGAGGGGAGAGAUGGAGUUGCACAUGUGGGGAUAUGAGACAUUGGUGUCAGAAAGUGUCAUGGGUGUGGUGGAUGGACGAUUGGAGGCAAUGCAGAUCCGGGGAAGCACAGAGGGGCUUCUGGGUAGCCUUGUGGUGUGUGCAAGAGGGGGCCUUCAUGAGGUCAUCAAUGGGGGAGGUAGCCAAGUGACUGGACGCACUCCACCACCGUUUCCCUCAAUUUCCACCAGGCCGAGAUGGCCAUAUAUCGAUGACGAAACUGAUGGUGAUUGGCCUGUCAGUCUGGAUAGUUGGCAGAUUUUCACCAGUCAGGAAGAUUCUAAUUUUUUUGGGGUGGGAGGCCAUUCCUGGUUUGGUUUUUUUGGCCAUUCAAGAAAUGGUGGUCGUGGGAGUAUGGCAAGGUUGGUAAUAGUUUUUUCCCUUUCUUUGAUGAUGUAGGGAA